AUGAAUAUGUAUAACAACGAGCAAGAAAUGACUCCACGACCACGAAAGAAUUUCGGGACUCCUCGUACUACGACUUCCAUGAAGGACAGUCAUUUCCACAAUCCUUUUAGAAGUCCUUAUGCUUUCCCAGCAUUCUCAGAUUACGCAACGGUGCCUAGUCCUCAUUCGCCUUUUCGUUAUAAUUCGCCUUAUCAACAUCAGAAGCGACACUGCUAUCCAUGUGCACCAGCUUAUUCAAUAAGCAAUCUCACCAGCGCCCAACAUCCUCCGAAUUGGCAUAAUCCAUUGGGAGCAUCAUCGCCAUACAUCUCUAAAAAUCCACAGAACAUGAUACAAGGACGUGGUGGUUUCUCUUCAAUUUCUCCCGACAUUAGACGCUAUGACCAUAAGAAUUCAAGAACGAUACGUCUUGCUGAACAAUUUGAUGUCAACGACUAUGUGAUACCGGCUAUGACAUCUAAUCCUUGGUCGAAGUUAGAAGAAUUUUAUGCUAAUCGUCGAUUGGAUGAACAAUAA